CGGUACCACGGCAGCGUCCUCCGCACGGCUUCCUAGACCGAGUCGGGUCGAAGUCGAACACCGCACCGCACCGGACGGCCGCGAGUGCAUGCAGUUGACGUGCAUCGUCGUUAUUACCUCCGAUCCGAUCCCUCCCGUGAAACCAAGCACGAGCUAGGUUUUGUUUUCUCGUCGCCAAAUCUUGCCCAUGCUUUCUACAUCCGCCGAGGCUGGCCCUACGCGGCACGGCGAGAAGAAGAAGCGCAUGCGCUGCUGCGGCGGCGGCGGCGGCGUGGUGGCCUCGCCGGCGGAGCCCAGCACCAUGGCCGUGUCCUCGCAGACAUGUGGAAAGUGGCGUCCAGAUGAAUCACAGAGACCUGAAAUUGAGAAUGCUCCCAUUUUCACUCCAACUGAAGAGGAAUUUAAGGAUCCAAUCGGGUACAUUACUAGCAUUCGUCCGCAAGCAGAAAGAUAUGGAAUUUGUCGUAUCAUCCCACCAUCUUCUUGGAAACCUCCGUGUCCUCUGAAGGAGAAGAGUUUCUGGGAAACUGCAGAGUUCAAUACUCGAGUUCAACAAGUUGACAAGCUUCAAAACAGGGAGCCCACAAAGAAAACAACACAAUCUCGAGUUCAGAGGAAAAGAAAGAGAAGAAAGAGACUGAGGUUUGGGAUGACACACAGGCGUCCUAGUCCGAGCGAGGACUCCGAGAAAUUUGGCUUUCAAUCUGGGUCUGAUUUCACGUUAGCAGAGUUUCAGAAAUACACUGAUGGGUUCAAGCAGGAAUAUUUUGGAAUGAAAGGGAGUGAUGAAAUUUCCAUUUCUGACAUUAGAAACCACAUAAAAAUAUGGGAACCAUCAGUGGAGGAAAUUGAGGGCGAAUAUUGGCGGAUAGUCGUAGGCUCUACUGUUGAAGUUGAGGUGGACUACGGUGCUGAUUUGGACACUGCAACAUUUGGUAGUGGUUUUGUUAAAGUAUCUUCUUCGGAUGGAAAUAAGCAAGAUCCAUAUGGUUUGUCUGGUUGGAACUUGAAUUUUCUGCCACGGCUGCCAGGCUCUGUUACCUCAUUUGAAGACGAGGAUAUACCUGGUGUUGUAGUUCCAUGGCUUUAUGUAGGAAUGUGCUUCUCUUCAUUUUGCUGGCAUGUUGAAGACCAUUUUCUUUAUUCUCUGAAUUACAUGCAUUUCGGUGAACCGAAAGUUUGGUAUGGUGUUCCCGGUGGUGAGGCAGUAAAGCUGGAAGAAUCCAUGAGGAAAAACUUACCCAAACUGUUUGAAGAACAGCCUGAUCUACUUCAUGAGCUGGUUACACAGUUAUCUCCAUCUGUUCUAAAAUCAGAAGGAGUCUCUGUUUACCGAGCUGUUCAGAAGUCAGGCGAGUUUGUUCUGACACUACCGCGAGCAUACCAUUCUGGAUUCAACUGUGGUUUCAACUGUGCAGAGGCCGUAAACGUUGCUCCUGUGGAUUGGCUGCCUCAUGGACAGUGUGCUGUUGAGCUCUAUAGAGAGCAGCAUCGCAAGACAUCAAUAUCACAUGACAAGUUAUUACUCAAGGCUGCAAAAGAAGCUACCAGACAACUUUGGAUGAAUCACAAAAGUGGUAAGGGAGAAUACAGAUGUCUGAACACCUGUGGAAAGGAUGGAGUUCUAACAAGUGCAGUUAAGACAAGAGUUAAAAUGGAGGGCGCUGCAUGGGAGGUGAAUGCUCCUUUGAAAAGUAAGAAGAUGGACAAGGACUAUGAUUCCACUGAUCGGGAGUGCUUUUCAUGCUACUAUGAUCUGCACUUGUCUGCUGUCAGUUGCCAGUGCAGACCUAACCAUUUUGCUUGCUUAAACCAUACAAACCUUCUUUGCUCAUGUGGAAUGGACAGGAAAACCGGACUCUUUCGAUAUAGCAUGGAGGAGCUUAAUACUCUUGUAGCAGCUCUGGAGGGUGAUCCGGCUGCAGUUUGUUGGUGGGGACAAGAUCACAGGACCACCUAGGCUUAGUUUGCCCAUAUGGCUGGUUCUGUGCAGGUGCAGCACAGGAAGAUGGGCUCAUGUCAAAGCACACAGAUGACAGAAUUUUCAGGAUCAGCGUCAGGGAUCGAUUGCCAAUUUCUUGUUUCUGGAUUUGGUGACCUGCAUGACCUUGAAAAAUCCACCAUGCAGUCAGUUCCAGAAUAAAAGAAGAAGAGCAUGGCAAAGGAUAGGAGGAUAACUGCGUCGGCCUGCUGUUCGCUGCCGUAGCCGGAGGAGAUACAUGCUGCGGUCCGUGGAUGAGUACUACUGUAUCGUGCCACCGUGCCACGAAAGCACACACACGACACUGGCGGCUUUGACACCAGCGCACGAUGCAUCAUCAACCUCAUGAUAAGUUAAUUAUUGGCGGCAGCUGCACUGCAAUGGCGGUGGCUCAUGAUGAAGUGCUUGGAAGAAUGAACUGAAUGGUGUUACUACUAGAGAUUCAGGUUUCUGCCAAUUUGUGACCCAUGCAUGAACCAUAUGCAUGGUUAUGGUCAAAUACUGAUUUUCGUCCGCAAAAAGAUUUAUUAUUGCACUUUCGAUGGUCUGAUCAGCAACAACAAUGAUGUACCUCUUACACACAUUAUUUUUUUGUUUGAGUAUUUUAAUACUUGUUCACUUAAGUGAAACCUA